GUUUAGUUUCUCCCAGAAACGGCGCAGCAGGACGCCUGACUGAGGGCUCAGCCGCGCCUCAACCCCUCGCAUGAGAGUUUUACAACGAAAGACAACAACUUGGAAAGUGUUUUCCAGAGGAAUUACAGAGAGACUGAACGCUGAAGGGGAAAGACUCGGAGAUGAGAUAGCCUUCUGCCUCUCUAUCUAUCCCCCAUCAUCCUCCUUCCUCUUCCCGGCUUGGACGGCGACGCUCGGUGCCGCUUCUUUCCCGGAUGAUGUAACUGUUGUGUGACCGGCUGAGCUCGGAUCAUCAUUACCGACGUUGCUUUUUUUUUGUUUUUGUUUGUUUUUUGUGGUUGUCGGUACGAAGGCAGCCCGCAUCCUCACAUUUCCGCUGGAUAGAGGAUCAGCGGAACUUUGCGCGGAGUUCAUCCGGAGGAGGCUCCUCACCUCGGCGAUGAUGAGCGCUGACUUUCUUCAUAUCUUCAACGGCUCUUCAGACGUUUUCGAGGUCGUUUGAAGUUUUCAUUUGCAUGUGUUUAAAAAAAACACUCUUUUGAUAAAAGGUGCAGCCAUGUGGCAGAGGAUUCAGAUUUGCUGCACGCUGUUUGCGCUGCAUUCAGCGGCAGCGCCUGCACACAUCAACCGCCUGGCGCUGUUCCCCGACAAGAGCGCCUGGUGCGAAGCCAAGAACAUCACUCAGAUCGUCGGACACACAGGAUGCCAGCCGCGCUCUAUCCAAAACAGAGCCUGUCUGGGCCAGUGCUUCAGCUACAGCGUCCCAAACACGUUCCCACAGUCCACCGAGUCCCUGGCGCACUGUGACUCCUGCACGCCUGCCCAGACACAGUGGGAAGUGGUGACUCUGGAGUGCCCUGGCAGCGAGGAUUCUCCACGCGUGGACAAGCUGGUGGAGCGGAUCCUGCACUGCAGCUGCCAGUCCUGCAGUAAGGAAAGUGUCCAGGAGGGGGCGGUAAUGCAGCUCUAUCCAGCAGACAACACCCUGGAUUCAGCUCCGUCUCUGUCCGACCCCCUGAUCGGAGACCUGGCCCACUCUCUGCCCCACGCAGACAGCCUGUCCGAUAAGCAGGCCCACCCUCACGCGCACCAUCAUCCCACGCUGCCCCACGUGUCAGACGGAGGCUAGAGCCACAGCUGUAAUGACUCUCUGCUCGCCUUUGCUCCUCCUCCACGCUGCUUCCUCUGUAGUAUCCUUAUGGCACUUUGAAUCUUUCUUUGAAGGCAUAAACCCACAGAGCCGCGUUAUCAGAAUGAGCUCACAUAAACACUACGCACUUCUCUGUUUUCAAUAAUACACGCAGAGGCCUGAUGACUAUAGCCUGUUGAUAUACUGUAGGGCUUUUAUUCUGCUUUGAAUGUAAUAAAUGCUCUGUUUGUGGUAA